AUGAAGAUUACAAUUGAAGAAGGUGUUUUGUGGGUUGUUGCUUUUAUAACCAGCUGGGCUUAUAGCACUGCUUUGCUUACACCCAAUGGUGUCAACUAUGAAGUGCAAGCUUUGAUUGACAUACAAAAAUCUUUUAAUGAUCCUCAUGAAGUCCUCAAUUGGGAUGAAAAUGCUGUUGAUCCAUGUGGUUGGGCUAUGGUGGGUUGUUCCCAUGAUAAUUUUGUUAUUACACUAGCAAUCCCAAGCCAGGGUUUAUCAGGCACAAUAUCACCUAGUAUUGGGAAUUUGACACACCUCACAAGUGUGCUGUUACAGGAUAAUAAUAUAACAGGGCCAAUACCAGCAGAAUUGGGAAAACUACCAAAAUUGCAAGCAAUUGAUCUUUCAGAUAACUUGCUAACAGGACAAAUUCCCAACUCUUUAUCUCAACUUAAAACCCUGCAAUACUUGAGAUUAAACAAUAAUAGUCUCACAGGGGCUAUACCUAUGGCUUUAGGAAACCUGAAUCAGCUGACUUUCAUGGACUUGUCCUUCAAUAAUUUGAGUGGGCCAGUAGCAAGACAUCUAGUCAAAACAUUCAAUGUUGUAGGAAAUCCUAGGAUAUGUUCAACUGGGAAAGAGCCAGACUGCAAUGGGACUGCACCACUGCCUCUAAUUUUAUCACAAAAUAUUUCACAAUAUUCUAUGGCAUCAAGAAGGCCAACUAAUCACAAAUUUGCAUUGGCCUUUGGGAUAAGCCUUGGUUGCAUCUUCCUGUUGAUACUUGGAUUUGGGUUCUUCAUCUACUGGAGACACAAGCUCAACAAGCAGAUCUUUUUCGACAUUAAUGAACAACAUGAUGAAGAAGUGAGUUUGGGGAACCUGAGAAAGUUCGAAUUCCGGGAGCUGGAGAGCGCGACACACAACUUCAGCAGCAAAAACAUCCUUGGCAAGGGCGGAUUUGGAAAUGUGUACAAAGGGAACCUUCUCCGCCUCUACGGCUUUUGCACCACCUCAACCGAGAGGCUUUUGGUGUAUCCUUACAUGCGUAAGGGAAGUGUGGCUUAUCGUCUCAAAGCCAAACCAGGAUUGGAUUGGGGCAUUAGAAAGAGAAUAGCAGUAGGGACAGGUAGAGGCUUGGUAUACCUGCACGAACAGUGUGACCCAAAGAUCAUCCAUAGGGACGUCAAGGCUGCCAACAUAUUGCUCGAUGAUGACUACGAGCCAGUGAUCGGUGAUUUCGGGCUUGCAAAGCUUCUCGAUCACACCGACUCUCACGUCACCACCGCCGUCCGUGGUACUGUGGGCCACAUAGCCCCCGAAUACCUCUCCACCGGUCAAUCCUCCGACAAAACCGAUGUCUUCGGGUUCGGGAUUUUGCUGCUGGAGCUUAUCACGGGGCAGAGGGCCUUGGAGUUUAACCACAAAGGAGGAGCCAUGCUUGAUUGGGUCAAGAAAAUUCAUCAAGAGAAGAAGCUAGACAUACUUGUGGACAAGGUUCUGAAGAAGGAUUACGACCCGAUCGAGCUGGAGGAGAUGGUGCAGGUGGCCCUGCUCUGCACGCACUACCUCGCGACUCAUCGUCCCAAAAUGUCUCAAGUUGUGCGCAUGUUGGAAGGAGAUGGGCUGGCUGAGAAAUGGGAGGCCGAGUCCACCAGGUGUCGGCCCAAUGAGUUCUCGUCCUCCCACAGAUAUUCUGAUCACACAGAUGACUCCUCGUUGCUCGUACAAGCAAUGGAACUAUCGGGGCCUAGGUGA